AUGUCUGAUUGGAGAAGAAUUGAUAUCGAUGCAUUCGAUCCUGAAAGUGGGAGAUUAACAGCACAAGAUCUAAUACCACCCUACACAACAGUAGUCACAUUAGCUGAUUUACAACCUAAAAUUUCCCAAUUACGUUCGCUUUCCAGUAGUGGUGAUGUGAACUCCGCAAUUAAUUUAGCUACAACUGAUCCACCAUAUAGUGCAGAUGAGAACACCAAAGCCGAGUAUUUCCGUGCUGUUUUGGAUACUUUAAAACAGGUCAGACAAGCUGAUAUUACGAAUAUUGUGAAGAGUUUGGAUUCAAAACAACACGACGUAUUAAUAAAGUUUUUAUACAAGGGAAUGUCUAUUCCAGAAGGCCAAAAACAAGGUGGUAUUCUAUUAACUUGGUUUGAAAAGUUGACUCAAAUAGCGGGAGUUACUCCAGUGGUACAUUAUCUUUCUGAUAGAAAUACUGUUUAA